CCUGGUUCCUACGGCCAGAGUGAGGCUGCGCGGCCACGCCAGCUCCGCCCAAACCCGGAAGUGCGUUUUUGCUGUGGGUUGAGCCGCGGUGCGGCCGCUCUCCAGAUAGCGGGCUUUAUACGCUGUGGGCUACCAUGGCGGCAACCGCCGAGCUGCAGGGGAAAUACCAGAAGCUGGCGCAGGAGUAUUCCAAGCUUCGAGCUCAGAACCAGGUAUUAAAAAAGGGUGUUGUGGAUGAACAAGCAAACUCAACAUCCCUGAAGGAACAGCUGAAGAUGAAGGACCAAUCACUCAGAAAACUGCAACAGGAAAUGGACAGUUUGGCCUUUAGAAAUCAACAGUUGGCCAAGAGGGUAGAGUUGCUUCAAGAUGAACUUGCAUUAAGUGAAUUGAAAGGCAAGAAGAACAAGAAAAGUGGUGAAGCUUCAUCUCAGCUGAGUCAAGAACAGAAGAACGUAUUUGAUGAAGACCUUCAAAAGAAGAUAGAAGAGAAUGAACGACUGCAUAUUCAGUUCUUUGAGGCUGAUGAGAAGCACAAGCGUUUGGAGUCAGAACUGCGGAGCAGACUGGAGGUCUUGGAGAUGGAGACUGCACAACACCAGGCUGUAGUGGAUGGCCUGACGCGGAAGUACAUGGAAACAAUAGAAAAACUGCAGAAUGACAAAGCCAAAUUAGAAAUCAAAUCUCAAACUCUAGAGAGGGAAGCCAAGGAUUGCAGGGUUCGAACAGAAGAAUGCCAGCAGCAGCUAAAGAAUCUCCAUUCUGACUUGGGUAGCAAGUUGGAUGAAUCUCUACACAUCAUCCGUGAAAAAGUACCUUUCAAUGACACAAGAUCUAGCCAGUUCAAUGCUCUGAAUGUGCCAUUACACAACAGACGACGCCAGUUGAAGCUUCGUGACCUUGUUGGCCAGGCGCUGGCCUUUAUUCAAGAUCUGGUCAUGGCACUUUUGAAUUUCCACACCUACACAGAGCAGCGAGUCCAGAUAUUUCCAGUUGAUUCUGCCACAGACACUAUAUCACCGUUAAACCAGAAGUUCUCGCAGUAUCUCCAUGAAAAUGCAUCCUAUGUUCGCCCUCUGGAGGAAGGCAUGCUGCACUUCUUUGAGAGCAUCACAGAGGACACUGUCACAGUGCUGGAAACCACUGCGAAAUUGAAAUCCUUUUCUGACUACCUAAAGGCUUACGUCCACUUUCUCAGGAAGAUUCUUCCUUACCAAUUGAAAAGUUUGGAAGAAGAGUGUGAAUCUUCUCUUUGCACAGCUGCGUUAAGAGCCAGGAACAUGGAGCUCCAACACGACAUGAAGAGGCUGACGGCUGUCUUUGAGAAGCUGCACACGUAUGUUAGUCUUCUUGCCUUACCAAGCAUGAAGCCAGACAGGCUGCUUCGGACAAACUUCAGCUCAAUUUUCACACACAUUGCUUCAGCUCUUCAUGGAUUUCAUGAUAUCAUGAAAGAUAUUUCCAAGCAUUAUAGUCAAAAAGCUGCCUUGGAGCAUGAGCUCCCAACAUCCACGCAGAAGCUUAUAACCACCAACGACUGCAUCUUAUCAUCUGUGGUGGCAUUAACAAAUGGAGCAGGCAAGGUUGCUUCAUUUUUUAGCAACAAUUUAGACUGCUUCACUGCCUCACUGAGCUAUGGGCCUAAGGGGGGAAUGGAGUUUAUCAACCCCCUCUCAGCCGAAUGCAUGCUUCAGUACAAGAAGAAAGCAGCUGCCUACAUGAAAUUGCUGAAGAAGCCGUGCUGCGAUUCUGUGCCUUAUGAAGAGGCCUUGGCCAACCGCAGAAUUCUUCUGAGUUCCACUGAGAGCAGAGAAGGCCUCGCACAGCAGGUACAGCAAAGUUUGGAAAAGAUCGCAAAACUGGAACAGGAGAAAGAACACUGGAUGCUGGAGGCCCAGCUGGCCAAAAUCAGGUUGGAGAAAGAGAAUAUAAAGGUGGCUGAGAAACUCAAGAACUCUGGUGGUGGCCAGUUGAUUGAGGCAAGCCAGGAAAGCUCCCUCUUGCUUAAUGCAGCUGAACAGGAGAAGGAGAAUGGAACAGAGAAAGUUCUGAGCGAACCCAUUAAAAUCACAAGUUUGGUUGGAAUGCUAACAAUGACCGCCUGCAAUGAAAAGCAGGUUCCAGAAGCUGAUACCCGGGAAGAUUUAAUAAAGAACCACUAUAUGACCAGGAUAGUGGAGCUUACAUCUCAGUUGCAGCUAGCUGACAGCAAGUCAGUGCAUUUCCAUGCAGAGUGCCGAGCACUUGCAAAGCGACUUUCUCUGGCUGAGAAAUCUAAAGAAUCGUCAACAGAAGAGAUGAGGCUGGCUAGACAGAGCAUCACCAGAUUACAGGAUGAGUUGACGACAACCAAGAGAAGCUAUGAAGAUCAGUUAAGUAUGAUGAGCGACCACCUCUGCAGCAUGAACGAAACUUUAUCCAAACAACGGGAAGAAAUAGAUACACUAAAGCUAGCAAGUAAGGGAAAUUCCAAGAAGAAUAAGAGUCGAUAGUAUCAGUCAGCUGGCUGUUUGUUGGAUCUUGCUGCUGCAUGGCAACACAGGUGCUGGAAGUGUUCAGUUGGCAGAUGCCUUUUGACUGGAUGUGGCUGUAGUGGUGGACUUAGACACUUGUAAUUUGGUGUUGUGUAUGGAUUUGAGACCACACCCAAUCUGGUAGUCAGUGUAAAGCAAACCAAACUUGGUAUGGUCCGCAAAGUAGGUGGGAAAUAUGCACUCCAUGGGUAACUUACAUAGGAAUUAACCAAAACUUUUUACCAUAGUUUGUAACUAAUUUUAAUUUCUGUGUACAAACUUCCAAGUUUUUGUAUCUUUGAGUGGAUAUUUAAACAUCUGGCAUCACCAUGGUAAUGGUCAUUUUCUGCCUGUGAGGUCUCCAUUCCAGCCCAUUCAUUCCUUUCUGUAAGUGUAAAGAAAAAGUCAGAGCUAUAAGUAUUAUCAGCCAUGUGAGCUGUGCAGUUAUUGUAAAGUGUACUACUGAUAUUCUUCUCUUAUAGACUAGCUUCAAAUAUUGCCUGAGAAAGGCAGUUCAUGCAGCUGUGACUGAUGCAAAAUACACCUUAACUGUAAUGAACAAAUAAAAAGUGUACAGUUGUUGUAGUCCCUUCAAAUCAAGCAUAGAAAGUUGGCCAAAGAAGGAAUUUGUAUAAAAUCAUGGUGAAGAGAGAUUUUAUCAGGGUUUUGUUGUUGUUGCAAGUCAUCCAUACCUGUUGAUAGAGAAGUGGAUGGCAAGAUGUCAACUAGAAAAAAAAGGCUGAACAUUCUUGUAGGAAGAUCUUCUAUGUCACAAAAGUUGGGAUGGUACUCACAAUGGAUCCUUAGUGUCUAUUUCAAAUGAAGGCUGCGUAGUGAAGCAGGCUAACAAAGUACCAAAUUAAACAAAGCUGUGCACAUGUUUAAUUAAAUCUUUGAUGGGCCCAGAAAAUUACUUCUAUGCUGUGGAGCUGGGCUUCAGAGAGUAUCGUGCUCACCUGCCAUGGCAAUGUAUGAGUUAUUUGCCUGAUUGCCUUGAUCCUUCUUCCUCUCCUUUUUGGCAGUAGAGAUUGUGCAUAGGGACGUAUGCACACUUCGAACAUCCAGCCAGGCUUUAUCUCCACAUGGAUUAUGUAUAUGUUUACUCCUCGAACUCUGAGACAUGCCCUGCUGCCUGUAGCUUGUUUUGGACUGUUGGAUGCCUGAACUGGCCCCAGGGCCUUUUGGAAUUGUCCCACUGACAUCCUGAUGUUCUAAGAAUUAUUCCCAUUCACACUUUCUGUAGGAAUGUUGUCUGCACUAAUCUAAGGUCUUCUCAACACAUUUCUGGAAGGUUUUCCACCACUGAUUUGUAAGAUGUUCCUUCACUGAAUUACUUCUGUUGCCCCCAUAACAGAUAGUCCUGUGUUCAAGGAUUUAUUCCAUUGUAUCAACCAUGUCAAUGUGUAUUAUGAAUAUAGAAUAAAUAUACU